AUUACGUCAUUUAUUUUUAUCGUUGGUAUUCCAAAGCAAGUUCAACAGAUUUUGGUCACAAUUCACGCAUUUCAAUUCUUUACUAGGACAAUAUCCAGUUUUUUCUUCUUAUUUUUGUUUUUUGUCAAUUAAUUGAUAAUAGAACCGUAAAAUCAUCCUAGAUCGGUCAAGAAGAAAUUAUGCUAACUCGUGUUAGAAAUAUUGAGAAGUUCGUCUCGUAGUAACAUUUUUCAUGGCGUAAUAGAUAUUUUGAACGAGGACAAAGUAACAAACUACUUGCUGGAUCACAGAAAUCAUGUGGAAGUGGAAUUAUCUGCCGUAGAAAGCAAAGUAUAGAAAAUAACGAUGCAGGCAAAGGAGCUGUGCAGCAUAUCAGUAUCACCGUUAGUUACAGCACCUUUUUCUGUACAAUGGUCUGCAGAUAACCACACAUCCAUUCUUACUGAAAAAGGAGUGCAUGUAUUUGAGUUGAUACCUGCUCCAUCAUCCGUGUACCCAACGUUUAAUUUUUCACGUUCAUUUAUUCACCCAUCGGAAGUACUGCCGGCGCAAUCGUUGAAUGAAGAAGUUGAUACAGUAUUAUGGAAGUUGGAACGAGUGGAAUUUUACCUAUUUUUAAUGGAAGAAGCCAUAACGCCAAGUAUAAAUGGAGCAAGAGACAUGGAGCCACGAGUGUUGAGCUUGGGCUGGUCCCCUUGGCGCUUGACGAGUCCCUAUAAAUGCCUGUUGGCAACCGUCACAUCAGCCGGAGCUGUUGAUAUUCUUGUAAAAGUGUCAAAGAACUGGUUUUCUAUUUGCGAUCUUUCAGCGGCUUGGAUCACUAAUAUUCAUGGUGAAUCCAGUGGCGAAGUUAGGGCCAAAUUGAUGACGACCCCACCUACUGAGCUGAGAGAUCACCUAAGGCGUUUACAAGCGACCGCAAUUUGUUGGAGUGAAUUAUAUGAAUCAGGGAAGGAAUGCUUUGCUUAUUUGGUUGUAGCAUACCGUAAUUCAGAAAUAGUUGUGUGGCGUAUCCCCGAGCUGCGACACGACUAUGAAAAAUUCAAACCUUCCAUUGCCUUCCAAAAGAUUAUGCGCUGCAACAUAAGGAUUAAUUUAUUAAAGUGGAUUCAUUGGGAAAAAGAAGUACUUAUUGUUCUGGGGUACUCAGAUGGCCAAGUUGACGCAGUUUUACUUGAUGCCAUUGAUGAUGAGUCCACAAACUGUACAGUAAUCAAAUACUGGCCUGAUGCAGAUCGCAUUCCUGUUAGCUGCAUCGAAGUUUGGAAUAGCGCGGAGCAUGGGAUGCUAGUUGUAAUUUGUAAGGGUUCUUAUUUGAGUGUGCUGCGACCAUCUCAUAACGGCAGUAUUACAGAUACAUAUGAUAUUCAUAUCAGAGGCUAUUCUAUAACAGGUGUGGUUGAAGCAAGCGACAGAGUAUUACUAAUUACAACGCAAGAUGGUUGCUUAUUUGCAGUUAGUUUUGAGGAUAAAAAUUUAGUCUACAUUGAUAUUAAAAACAAUUUACCAUCAGCUCGUGUUCAGUACUUGGGCCUUUCAUGUUCGUACAACAAAUGUUUAUUUUUCAAUGUAACAAGUCCAGACAUUAUGCACGAUCAUUUGAUCAACCGAGAACCCAGCACACUGUGUAUAUUUACAAUGGAAGGAAAUCCAAAAUGGAAUGCUCGUGAUGUGCUGAUGAAGAAUGAAAGCAGAUCAAUAAUGAGAUAUUGGGAUUGUCUGGAAUCGAUCAGAGUUCAAGUUCUCAAGUCCCAAGAUCCUCCUGACAUGUUGUUUUCAGCUACUGAAAACUUGGACAAAUUAUCGGACUACCAUCUGCGUAUCGCCAUGUGGACUUCUAUGAUAGCAGAAUCUUAUGAGAAGAAGAAAUUUCCAAGAAGAAUCGCAGAAACUGUAGAAGAAACAUCAGAUGCUCAUCCCUUAAUUUUCCUGCGCUUGGCGACCAGACGCCUGUUGGAAUUAGGAUCUAAGAAAGAUUUGUCGACAAUGCAAUAUCGUUGCGCCAGUCUACUGCGCUCAUAUAUCGAGGUCUAUUUGGCUGGAGAAGAAGCAGACGAACAGGAAGGAGGAAUUGAAACUGUAUCUAUUCAAAACGCAAAGAAAGCUUUGAGCUUUACAGACCAUCUAAGUCGAAUGGAACUUGAACUUUGUGACAUAUGUGGCGAAAUAAUAACAGAUAUUUCGUGGAAAGCAACCAGCUGCCCAUCAGGCCAUAAACUACCUAGAUGCGCUAUAACUCUGCUCCAAGUAUCUACAGUAACCUAUCGAAGCUGCCCAAUUUGUGCACAAAUACUCCAUCCUUCCUUGGAUGAAGAAUACGACGAACCACUUUGCCCAUAUUGUGAAGUACCAGCUGUGUACGACAGUCGUGUAUUGAAUACCAAAAAAAAGUGUGGAUCGCCUGUUAGAAAUUUAUCUAAACGACGGGCUACAACAUUACAACACCAAAAAAUUCAGGAGUCAGAUAAAUCGAACGAAAAUUAGAAGAAACGCGGAUGACGGGAAGACAUGAAUAGUUUUCCUUUAAAGAGGCUACAGCUGUUUGAAUUCCAUUCUAAAUAAAAAUACGUUCAACAAUGAUCAAAUUGCGUAUACUUUGCAAUAAUAUCUAAAAUUACAG